AUGGAAGUAGCUGAAUGUAAGAUAACAGCUGGUACAGAUAAACCAAGUCAAGUACUGGAACAGAUUUGGCAUCUAAACCUAAUGAUAAGAGAAACACUUCUAAAGAGUGACCUUCAAGAUAAUGAAGCUACAGCGGAGUAUGUGCCUAGAUUAAUCUUUCUCAUGCAAGAGCUCAGCAGUUCCCUCAGCCAAAAGCUACAACACAAUACAGAGAUCCUACAAGACACCUGCCAGCUAUUGAAUACUCUUCAGAACAAACACAAGCAAUUGGUUUCAAGUCAAGAGAUCAUCACUUUUGUGGGUUGUCUUCAAAAAAUAAUUGAACUCUUUCUGGAUACAGUUACACAUCUUCAAGAGGCAAAAAACAAAUUUUAUGAUAUUAGAUGCAGACAUGAUGAUAAAUCUCAAUCCCAGAUUGUUCAAGAUGUUUUCAAUGAAAUAGUUGUGUGUGAAGGAGAAGAGACACAUUCUGGGAAAGUAUCUGCUGGUGUAAGUCAGCCACUCCAGGUAACUUCUCCCAUGAAUGAAAGGAAAAGUCCAAACAUUCACCAAGUCCAGCCAAGCGAAAACAAAACAGUGGGAAAAGAAACUGCUAUAUCAUUAAGUGAAAAAAAUCCUGAUCAAGAACAGGCAGUAAGCAGAGACCUCCCAAAGCUAAUGGAAAAUGAAGAUCACAAGCUACUACAGAGUUCACAUACAGAGCAAAAAGAUUACAAUGGAAAGGAGGAAAGUCAUGGAGCAGGGUCUUAUAAUAAGAAAUGCCCAAACAGAGCUUUUCAAGAAGUUCCCAGGAGCAAUGGAGAUGAUAUAAUUAUAUCUGGAAAAUCCGAAGAUAUCUGUGAUAGAUCUGUAAUUAAUCUUUCUGAUCAAGAACAGGCAGUAAGUGAAGAACCCCCAACUCAGAUGGAAUAUGAAGAUCACAAACCAACAGAGAAUUCAUGUGAAGAAGAAAAAGAUGACAACAGAAACGAGGAAAUUUAUGAGAUUACUGGGAGCAACAGAAACAAUACAAUUGAGUCUACAAGGUUGGAGAAUAUAUGCAAUACACCUGCCAUGAAUCUUUCAACAAAUGAUUCAGAAAAAGUGGAAAGAUUAAGUCCCUGGAUUAACAAAGAAUUUCUAGCAGAAGUGAGUGGUAAGAUUGAACCUGAAGUUGCCUGUUAUAUUACAGCACCUUCCAUCACUCUAGAAAAUUUAGUAUGCAGGAUCAUCAAUGACAUAAGUUCCUUGGUGGUGGAAGAUUCUGAGGAGCUGGUCAGCAAUGUCAUCAGUGUUGCGUGCUUAGACCAUGGAAAACUAAUUCCCUUUCCUAUCAACAUUGCAAUCCCAUUCACUGCACGCUACAGAGGAAAUUAUCGAGAUAUCAUGGUGAAGGUGAUCGAUAUGAACUUUCAAUCAAGUUACUUAACUCCCAUUUCCUUUGAUGCGUGCCAGGGAAACCAGAAGGGGGCCUUUGCAGAGGUGAAAAUUUGCCAGCUUGGUAUUUUUUCUGUGGUGUCGUGCUUAAAAAAAGAAACAUUCACUAUUCCAAAGAAAGGGCUCUCACAAAAGCUAAGCAUGGAUUCUAGAAUCUCUUUCUACUACCCUCCAGAAAUGUUCAGUUCUCCAGUGACCAUGCAGUUAAAGGUCCAGCCAAUUGAGCCAUCACUGGUUUCCAUAUUAAAGGCAAAAUAUGACAUGUACCAUUCAGUAGUGUCUACUAGCCCACUGGUUCAUAUCCAGCAUCCUUCAUCCCAGCCAUUUAACAAGUCAGUCAGUGUUAUUCUACCCUGUCCUCCAAAUCCAGAAAAAAAGAGACCAGGAGAUGCAACAGAACAUGCAAGAGCAUCUAGUGCCACUGUAACCAGGGUUACAACUGCAUAUCAUCUUCGGGCAAUGAGUGCCUCGGUGAGAAAACAUGGAGAGAAUCUCGGUGAAUCCUUGAAAGUAUUGGGUUACAGAAGCAAAGAAGAGGAGUGGGUUGUGCUUGAUGAUGUUAUUGUGCGGAAUGCACGGAACGGACUUGUAUCAUUUGAAGUAGAUGAGUAUUUAGAAAGCUUUAUUGUCAUUCGCCUUUCAUUUGCCAUGGACAAUACACAUCUAGUUCUGUUUAUUCAGGCUCUGGAGGAAGCCAUUCGCAGCACCAUGGCUAAUGUCGUACUAUAUCGGAAAAAAGAAAACCCUCAUGAAAUAGUUGUUUUACUGGUUCUGUCCAAAGAACUGAACUGGGAGCUGCAAAGCCUGCGUGAGGAGGGAUACUUUGGUCCUCCAGAACCAACGCAACAGUUUCAACUAAGAGAAGGAGAGCAGAUUCAUUUUAGAUUUAGUGGCAACAUAUUUGCCUCAGACGAUGGGAAGGAUUUUGGAAAAGUCUACAGGCUUAUUUUUCAUUCACAAAGAAAGCCCAGACUGGAGCUCCAACUCAAAGAAGUGGAUGAAUUCGGUAACUACAGCUCACCUCAUUACAAGGGAACUGCAGUAUUUUACAAAAUAACCAGAGAAACAAUAGCCAAGAACUGGGAUCAACCCCUUCUGCCUGCUGACUAUCAGGACCAGUCACCUUUAUGCAAGUUAGCACUAACCUUACCAAAGCAUGAAAAAUUAAUCAACCGGCCACAAAGCACAAAAAGAAUUGCUACAGAUUCAUCAGAGGCCCUGUGGGAUAACUUGCUGUACUGGCUCGCAGAGGAGCUCUCAGAAGAUAAUGCAUCAUUGCUCUCUCUGCACCUGCCUAUCCGUCGGAGCACUCUUCAGCUUGUUAGACUGAAGUGCCCUGAUAAUCUAACACAUCAGAUCUAUGAGCUUCUUUGCUUCUGGAAAAAGAAUCUUCCAAGAUCAGCUGAUAAACAGCGACUCCUAUCUCGUUAUCUUCGUAAGAGUGGCAGAAGCGAUCUUUCAGAAGAGCUCAGGUUCAAGUGGGAGAAUAAAGCAUUCACUUGGCAAAAGCACUGGUUUGAGAUGGACAACUGA